UGGCGUUGUGUCACAUUCAUGGUUCUAUAUUAGUUUUGCCCCCCUUGAUUAAUUGGGUUUGACUUGCUCAUUUUUCUUAAUUCACUCUGAUGUCUGACAAUACAGGGUAAUUGUGCCUCAAAAUUUCUGAGUAUUCCUGGGUAUGCAGGUAGCACAUUUCUGUAAUCAUGGCUGUGUGACUUAGUGGCACCAUUUGCAAUAGCAAGUUCUAUGUACUUUAAUAAUUGCCAUAAGUCAAUGAUAAAUACUUAUUGUACUCAAACUAGUCAGGGCUAGUAAUUCUAAAAUUUGCCAUGAUCAUGACUCAAAGUCCAAAAGUAAUAGAAGCAUUGGUAUUUCUAGCUUGUACUGGAUAUGCAUCCUACUCCAUGUGUGUAACUUCUUGAUCACCUUGUUUCAGCAUCUUUUUAGAAUUGCUUGCAGUGAACAUAUGUCAGUGCAUACUUGUGUAAUAGCUUUAUGUAAUUACCCUAAUCUUUCCUAUAGGAUUUAAUUUUGUGUCCUUUUAUGAGUCUUACCUUGGUCACUCUACCAUUAAUGACCUAUUUGUGUUGGAUGCAAUCCAGUUCUUUUAAAUUUCCUUUUUUCUGUGCUUGCUUCAUUUUCAUGUUCAAUCCUCAUUCCUUUUGGUGUGACAACAUUUUCAGACGUUAGUUUCAAAGUAUUUGGUAUACUGUGAAUUGGUCUUGAACCAAACAAAAGUCAGAAUACGUUGUCUCCCUAACAGAACAGGUGCUAUCGCAAGUGAAUGGCUUGCCUUAUUUGUUAAUUGUGCUUGUAAACUACCCUUGUGUGUUAGAAUAUCUGACAAUCUUACUUUUAAUGGUAAUCAUAUUGGAUUGUAUUUUCUAUGGUCUUAUGACCUUUGUUUCUUUUCAAUCUUUUAAUGUGUUUUGGUCUUGUCUAUGACCUUUGUUUUUGAGUUCUCUCACUCUUUUACUAUGUUAAACUUUUUACUCAAGCUAGUUUGGUCCAUUAAUUCUAAAAUUUGCUAUGAUAUUUAAUGUUCAAGUAAUAAAAGCAUUGGUAUUUCAUGAUUUUACUCUUUAUGCUGGUGACCUUUUGAAAACAAAUCUAAACACUCUCCGAAUGUCUGAACGGUGGUGCAAUGAAUGCUAUGGCCAACUUGUGAAAGAAAGAUUUUAUGUAUUAAGUAUUUGAUACAUGUAAGUCCUUCACCAUAAUGCCGCAUCUAUCUGAACUGCUUGCACUCGUUGCUGUAAGGUGAAGAAACUGUUUGUCCAUUAUUCAUCCUUGCAUCUGCUAUGGAAUACCAUUACUCAGCUACCAUGAAAUUGUAAUCACAAAUACUUAGAGAAGUUUUUCAUUCAUCGUAAUAGAGACCAGAUGUACUGUUGUGUGUGGAGGCAUGUCUUGCUGUUAGGUAUUGUUAAAUAAACAAUUUCAUAUUUGAUAUUUCAGUUCAGUUUUAUUCAAAAAAGCAAAUUCAGGGACAAUUUUAUAGUCAAGGAUAGCUAUGUCACAGCUCAAGAUUCACAGGAUUUGGUGAGAAACAAGACAAUAAUAUAUAUAGCAAUAUCACAGCGCAGGGGUCUACAGGAUAUAUUAAAACCUCAAGUAGAAUCUUAUUAUUGCCAUUAGCUUCAAACUCUGCUGUAGAGUAAUAGUCUGUACCGAAGAGGAGCAUUUUAAGCUCUUCAAAGUAUGUAUGUUGAUUGAAAUACCUCUUUGUCUUGACUCUGACGGUAGAAUAUUAUUUUUACAAGACCAAGUAGGAGUUUUAUCUCUGUAUAUUUUGUCCCUCCUGGUAUUAUGGCUAUAUGCUUUACUUACAGUGAGAUCAGCACAUUUGCAUUUUGCUAGAAAUGCUGCAUUAUAGAGGCUGGCUUACACAGACAUAACCACCAUUUGUAGGGACAUUUACUGAAAAUAUUUCACUUGAGAAAUUUGAAAUCGCAAUUGAAAUCAGGUACCUAGAGCAGAUCUAAGAUUUGCUGCCAAAAAUCUUAAAAACUUUGCGUGCAAGAUUUUUUUCAAUAUCAGAGGAGGUAGGCAGGCAUAUGAUGGCUUAAAUUAUUGGUCUUUUUCAAACCUUUAAAAUGACACAGGAUUUUCAGGGUCUAGGCAAAACUGUAGAAGUAAACUUUUUUAUAAGAUUUUACAUAUUUUUAUACAAAUUUUUUGUCAUUUCUGAAUUAUUUUCUUCGAAACCAGAUUGAAUAUGAACAAAAUCCUUUAAAAACUCCUCUGCACGCAACAGAUGGGACUUGGAUGUUGUGAAGGAUUGUCACUGCAAGUUUUUUGUUUCCUUGGAGAGAGAUAAUGGCGCAGAUUUUUUUAUAAUUUCCAUUGCCCCAGAGAACAAUACCAAAAGCUAAGAAUGACACGAUGAGGGCAUUAGAAAAUCUUAUUUAUACACUCUUUGUCAUGUAGGUCCUGAGAAAGUAUUAUCUAUUGAUGAUGUACUGCCUGCUGCGUAGAGAAAAGUAAGAAAACCUGCUGGAGGUAUUGAAUCAAUCUCAAAUGCAGUUACUCAGUGAAUUCGCUAAAAGUGAUUUUCCAGUUAGUCCCUCUUCUUUCACAGAGCAGUUGCAAUUGAAAGCUGGCAAGUGUCGAACAAUUUCUUUUAACUGUCAAGCUUCAAUGAUAUAGAGAUAUUUGUGUCACAAAAUUGAAAACAAAAAUAGAACUUGUGUUAUGUCAGAGCCCUCCUGUGUUGAUGCUGAUGAUUGAGCCUGGUUAAUGUGACCCAAGGGGCUUAAAAACAUACAACUCUGAAGACAACACAGUCGCUGCCGAUUUAUAAAGCAGAAAGCUUUACGACGUUGCUUGUGUCUAUCACAACAUUCAACUGUUGUAUUGUUUGUUUUGCUGCAGUCGAUGGCUUUAGGCUGCGUGUCUAUCUGGCCAGCAAUUGCUCAUUACGUUCCGUCUACUCGUUCCAAAAUUAUUUAAAGUUUUCCUUUUUGACAAGGGUCUGACCUUCUUUCCUUUACGGUUGCGUUUUUUUUUACUGAUAUUAGACACAAGAGUGCAUAAGGGAUCCCUCUGCCCCCCCCCCCCCCUCUCCCUCCCCUUCCCAGUGAUACCUCAAGCGAGUCAGACAGCCGCGACAACCGCAACAAAAUUCACAAGAGAGUUUAUUUUCUACCAUUAGUCAUCACAGAAGAUUUUUGGUGGAUUUCGUACAGUCCUGAGGGUUUCUUAACUCUUUGAGAAACAAAAAAUAAAAUAAAACAAUCCCGGUUGGCGUGAAACUGCUUAGCUUGGCAGCACUGCUUCACUCCCCCUCCUCCUCCCUCCUCAUCCUCCGCUUUCCGGUUCCUUCUCAUUCAUUUUCACAGGGGAGGCCGAGCGCAACGCACGCCAUCCAUCUUGCCAUUCAUCGACCGUUUGGCAUAUCCGAUUGAAUCUGCCGGCAGAUCCGUGUGAUUUCAUCACCCACAUUCUUCCAUUGAAAAUGGACGACGACGAGGUGCGCAGGAUGAGGGAUGCUCGAUUAAAGCGGAUGUCUGCACUCGGUGGAGCACCGACCGAGUCCACUGCUCUCGUUCAUACUGACAAGAAGGACGCGGCAACCUUUACGGAUUACGACUCCAAGGACGCGGCCACUCAAACGAGUCCUCACCAGACGAGGGACGCAGCCACUCAAACAAGUGACAGUAGUCAGUUGCAGCUUGUCCCAGUCUCUGCGAUGAAUGGUGCGAGUCAACCAGUGACACCAGCAUCGUUUGGACCUGAACAUUUGGCCUUUUUUAUGAAGGUUUAUACUGUCUUCAAAGAGCAAGAUGCAAUUGAGGGGCCAAUUUCAUCAAAUGCCCCCUAUGGCCUUUCCUCCAUGGACCAGUCCACAUCUGCUGACCCAACAUUGUCUGCUCCAUCACGAGUCCAGGAUGUUGACUCCAGUGAAGCAGCUUCCUCACCUCGUCGCUCCCUUUCAGUUGGUGGUGCUGUUCCUCGUCGGAAGAGAUCUCCACUUCCAGUUAAUCACACUGUGUCUCCUGAGCGGGAUUGGUCAUUCAAUGAUGUAUCUCCAAGAAAUUCAAGACAUGAGUCAAGGUUCAGAGAUCGCCGUCAUUCCCCAUUGCCACUUGGUGACACUGCUUCUCCAGAGAGGGACUGGUCUCACCUUGACAGUUCCACUCCUCCAAGGCAUGAAAAAAGGAUCUUCAAUGGUUUCCGUGGUUGGCCAUCAAACUCAGUCAGAAGUUCUCGUCCUACUUCGAUUCCUGCUGGCAGAGAUUCUCCAGAGAGGGACUGGUCGUUCCUUGACAACCCUUCACCUCCACGCUCUCUUGCUAGGAGGCAAGAGGAGUCUAAUUCUUUAAGAAGGCACCAUUCACCAGAACCAACUGAUACUUACCCUAGUGGCUCUAAGUACCGAAGAUCAUCUAGUCACACCAAUUCUUCUCGACAGAAGUCUUCACCUCAGAGAAACUGGCGUGAGUCAGCCAUCUUGCCUUUGGAUAGCCGCAAGUCUUCUCCUGUCCGAGGCAGGAGUCCAGAUCAUGCUGAGCGAAGAAGCCGUCGUCAGUCACCCUCCACUUCCAACUUUAGAGAUCGUCGAGAAAAUGCUGCCAAGCCUUCUCACAGCUGUCGUGCUCCACCUCCCUCUCCAGAGAGGGACUGGUCGUUUCUUGACAACCCAACUUCCAACUUGUCUUCGACCUUGGAGGCUCCUGUCAAGUUGAAGACUCCAGGACAGCAGGAGGGAGCUGCUAAGGGUGACAACUCAAAGAAGAAGAAAGGGUCAGGAAGAGAACCUGCUCAGUGUUAUAUCUGUCUAGAAAAAGGAAGAAAAGAGCUGUAUUCUACUACUUGUGGCCACACAUUUCACAAGACAUGCAUUGAAAGUUGGGCUAAAAGAGAGGAACAGCAUAAUAAGCCAAAGGAUGUGUGUCCGGUCUGCAAGACACGAUAUAACAAAAUUUUUAAGGCCAAAUUUUAACUUGCUCUUUCUUUUAUAAAGGUAUGAGACUUCAAUUUUUUUUAUUUUUUUUUUUGGUAAAUUCAAGUUCAAUUCUUAUUCCUCUUGGCGUGACAUCAUUUUCGGCUGUUUGGUUCAAAGAACUGGGUAUACCGUGAAUGAGCCGGGCACAGUACUUUGACCUAAACUUAAGUUAGAUUUUGAUGUCCCUCCAUUAGCGUAUAGUCUUUGCAACUUAAGGGUCUUGCCUUAAUUGUAAUUGUGUUUGUAGGCCACCCUGUACACAAAUAAUGUUACAUUCAUUUGAUAAUUUUUCAUAUGAUCCUGAUCAUUUGGGAUUGUUUAUUUUCUUUGGUCUUGCUUAUGACCUUUGUUUCUGUGUUUUUUUAUUCUUGGUUUUAUUUGCUGUUGCCUCUUUAUUUUCAAUCUUGGGGUUUGACUUGCUCAAUGUGUUUUCUGUCACGUUGUUACAUCUGACAUUUCUUAUUCCUUUUCGUGUUAAAACGUUUUUAGACUUAUACGCACAUAUUGGUGCAUAUUCUUAAAUAUUUUUAUGUAAUCAUCCUAUCGUUCCCUUAGGAUCUUAUCUUUGCCUUUUUAUGGGUUUUGCCUCUGUCAUUCUACCAUUUAUGACAAAUUGUGUGGGUUACAUUCCAGCUUUUAAAUUUAUUUCUUGGUGAGCUUUGCUUUAUCUUGAAGUUCAGUUCUUAUCCUUUUGGUGUGACAUCAUUUUCGGCUGUUUGGUUCAAAGAGUUGGGUAUACCGUGAAUGAGCCGGGCGCAGUGCUUUGAACUAAACUAAAGUUUGAUUUUGCUGUCCCUCCAUUAGCGUAUAGUUCUUGCAACUGAAGGGUCUUGCCAUAUUUCUUAAUUGAAUUUGUUGACCACCCUGUAAACCAAUGGUGUUUCAUUCUUUGAUAAUUUUUCAAAUGAUCUUUAUCAUUAGGGAUUUGUUUAUUUUCUUUGGUCUUGCUCAUGACCUUUGUCUUGCCUUAUUUCUUGUACCUUUUGGUGUGACAUCAUUUUCGGCUGUUUGGUUCAAAGAGUUGGGUAUACCGUGAAUGAGCCGGGCGCAGUGCUUUGAUCUAAACUUAAGUUUGAUUUUGCUGUCCCUCCAUUAGCGUAUAGUUCUUGCAACUGAAGGGUCUUGCCAUAUUUCUUAAUUGUAUUUGUAGACCACCCUGUACACCAAAUGGUGUUUCCUUCUUUGAUAAUUUUUUAAAUGAUCUUUGAUCAUUUAGGAUUUGUUUAUUUUCUUUGGUCUUAUGACCUUUGUCUUGCCUCAUUUGUUUUUGUGUUUGUAGACCACCCUGUACCGAAUGUUACAUUAGUUAAUAAUUGUACAUGAUCUUAUCAUGUAGUAUAUGCGGUCUACUUUCUUUGGUCGUAUGGUCUUUAUUUUAGAGUCCUCUUAAUCCUUAGUGUGUGCCUGAUUUUAGUUUUGCCUCCUGUUUUAAAAAUUGGGCUUGACUUGACGCUUAAUGUCUUUUAUUUCUUGACACUUUUCAAGAUGUUGUCUCUGUUUACUUUUUGUAUUUGUUGCAUUUUGUUUGUAAUAAAAAACAUUACUGAAA